UUCCCAGAGACCUGUCUGGAACACAGCCGCGUGGUAUAGAUGACAUUGGCGGUCGCUUAGCCUCAGCAAUGAAAGGAUUAUCCAGCAGCCGUAGUCACCAUCACGGAGUGACCUGUGAUUCUGCCUGUGACUCUCUAUCCCAUCAUGCGGACAGGAAGCCAUACUUGUUAAGCCCAGUGGAGCCUCACCCUGCUGACCACCCUUACUACACUCAAAGGAAUUCCUUCCAAGCUGAGUGUGUGGUCCCCUUCAAUGACCCCCUGGCUAGCAGCACCUUCCCUAGGAGGCAUUACAACUCCCAGCAAGAGUUGAAGGAGGAAUGUGCACUGGUUCCCCGCACCCUAGCUAACAAGGCAAAUCGCCUUCCUCCCAACCUCCUGGACCAAUUUGAAAGGCAGCUCCCCCUCAACAGAGACGGUUACCACACCUUGCAGUACAAGAGAACUGCUGUGGAGCACCGUAGUGACAGCCCUGGAAGGAUUCGUCACCUGGUCCACUCUGUCCAGAAGCUUUUUACCAAGUCUCAUUCUCUGGAGGGACCAUCCAAGGGCAGCAUCAAUGGAGGCAAAGCCAGCCCAGAUGACACACAGACAAUGAGGUACGGCAAGAGAAGCAAGAGCAAAGAAAGACGGCCUGAACCCAAAGCCCGUUCAAAUGCCUCAGGUUGGUGGAGCUCUGAUGACAACUUGGAUGGUGAUGUCUGCCUCUAUCAUGCCCCAUCAGCAGUGAUGACUAUGGGCCGGUGCCCAGACCGCUCUGCCUCACAAUAUUUCAUGGAGGCCUACAAUACAAUCAAUGAACAUGCAGUCAAGGCCUCCAGGAGUAAUAAUGAUGUCAAGUGUUCUACCUGUGCAAACCUUCCUGUCAAUCUGGAUGCCCCGCUCCUGAAGAAGAGUGCCUGGUCCUCAACCCUGACAGUGAGCAGGGCCCGUGAAGUUUACCAGAAAGCUUCAGUUAAUGUGGACCAGGCCUUGGUGAAGUCAGAAACCUGUCAACAGGAACGAUCCUGCCAAUAUCUUCAGGUUCCUCAAGAUGAAUGGACUGGGUAUACCCCUCGUGGAGGCAAAGAUGAUGAGAUCCCUUGCCGGAGAAUGCGCAGUGGCAGUUACAUCAAGGCAAUGGGGGAUGAAGACAGUGGUGACUCAGAUACCAGUCCCAAGCCUUCUCCAAAGAUUGCAGCCAGAAGAGAGAGCUAUCUCAAGGCUACACAGCCAUCUCUUACAGAGCUCACCACACUCAAGAUAUCCAACGAACAUUCCCCAAAACUCCAGAUCCGGAGCCACAGUUACCUGAGGGCAGUGAGCGAAGUCUCAAUCAAUAGAAGCUUGGAUAGCCUGGACCCUGCAGGACUUCUCACUUCACCAAAAUUCCGCUCUAGGAAUGAGAGCUACAUGAGAGCCAUGAGCACAAUCAGCCAGGUGAGCGAGAUGGAAGUCAAUGGUCAGUUUGAGUCUGUGUGUGAAUCUGUAUUCAGUGAACUGGAAUCUCAAGCUGUAGAAGCCCUGGACCUGCCAAUGCCAGGAUGUUUCCGCAUGAGGAGCCAUAGCUAUGUGAGGGCGAUUGAGAAGGGCUGUUCCCAGGAUGAUGAAUGUGUGUCCCUGAGGUCUUCAUCCCCACCCCGAACAACUACCACCGUGAGGACCAUUCAGAGCAGCACUGGUAUCAUAAAACUGAGUUCUGCAGUUGAAGUGUCAUCUUGCAUUACAACAUAUAAGAAGACACCACCUCCAGUCCCACCAAGAACUACCACAAAACCUUUCAUUUCUAUCACAGCCCAGAGCAGCACAGAAUCUGCCCAGGAUGCCUACAUGGAUGGACAGGGGCAAAGGGGAGAUAUUAUCAGUCAGUCUGGACUUAGCAACUCCACGGAAAGCUUGGAUAGUAUGAAGGCUCUGACUGCUGCCAUCGAAGCUGCUAAUGCCCAGAUCCAUGGACCAGCCAGCCAACAUAUGGGGAGCAAUACUGCCACGGUCUCAACCACCACCACUACAGCCACAGUUACUGCGGAAGAAAGAAAGAAAGAUCACUUCAAGAAAAACCGAUGUCUGUCUAUUGGAAUACAGGUUGAUGAUGUUGAUGAACCAGUCAAAGCAGGGGAAAAUAAAGUAACCAGUAAGUUCCAGUCCAUAGGAGUCCAAGUGGAAGAGGAGAAAUGCUUCCGCAGGUUCACUCGGUCUAACAGCGUGACAGCAGCAGUACAGGCUGACCUGGACUUCCAUGAGAACAUGGAAAACUCUCUGGAAUCUAUAGAGGACAAUACCUGCCCAGGACCAAUGUCCCGGCAGUUUUCCCGGGAUGCCAGCACCUCCACAGUGAGCAUUCAGGGGUCAGGAAACCACUACCAUGCCUGUGCUGCAGAUGAUGACUUUGACACAGAUUUCGAUCCUUCCAUUUUGCCUCCACCGGAUCCUUGGAUUGACUCUAUCACUGAAGAUCCCCUGGAGGCUGUUCAGAGGUCAGUGUGUCACCGAGAUGGUCACUGGUUUCUGAAGCUUCUUCAGGCCGAGAGAGACCGGAUGGAAGGUUGGUGCCAGCAGAUGGAGAGAGAAGAACGGGAAAAUAACUUGCCUGAAGACAUUCUAGGGAAAAUCCGGACCGCAGUAGGCAGUGCCCAACUUCUCAUGGCCCAGAAAUUCUACCAGUUCAGAGAACUGUGUGAAGAAAACCUGAAUCCCAAUGCUCAUCCGAGGCCAACCUCCCAGGACUUAGCAGGGUUUUGGGAUAUGCUGCAGUUGUCCAUUGAAAAUAUUAGUAUGAAAUUUGAUGAACUUCAUCAGUUAAAGGCCAAUAAUUGGAAACAGAUGGAUCCUCUUGACAAGAAGGAGAGAAGGGUCCCUCCUCCAGUGCCAAAGAAGCCGGCGAAAGGCCACGUGCCGCUGAUCCGGGAGCGCUCCCUGGAAAGCUCGCAACGCCAAGAGGCCCGCAAACGCCUGAUGGCCGCCAAGCGGGCUGCUUCGGUCCGCCAGAACUCGGCCACCGAGAGCGCCGAGAGCAUCGAGAUCUACAUCCCUGAGGCCCAGACCCGGCUAUGAAGGCACCAGGCCUCUUGACCAAUCCCCACUCCACAUCCUCGUUCAGUCACCAUGCAGUAUUUGUAACCCAUCCCCAUUCCCUUUC